CCGUUUCUCACGCUCCUGGUCAAACUUGGGCUAACGCCAUCCGAGUCAACGUUACCGACUGAUUGAGAACAAGUAACGCGCCCCUGGACAAAAACCUUCUCUCUAUUGCACUCAACUCACAGGUUGUGAUGGAUUUCAACGACCUUCAUCCCUCAGACGAUUACAGUCAUAGAUUUUUCAUCUGGCACGAAUGGAUCCAGGCGAAUGGUCCUCUCACUUCGGAGAACGUGUUUGAUUAUUUUGCUACGUCGAUGUUUUAUGACAAGCAGAGCAAUAAUCAGGUUUUGCGCAUGCAGACUAUGCACACGGGCGUACCCAUAUUAAACGAAUCGGAAGAACUUAAACGUUUCACCGGCAUCGAGUUUACUCUUGUGCAUGCGCAGCCACCUUCGCUAUUUAUUAUUCACAAAAGAGAGCGGUCAUCCCCUGAAGAAGUUCGCCCUCUUGCUGCUUAUUUUAUCAUGAACAACCGGAUCUAUCGGUCUCCAGACGUCUACGGUGUUCUCUCCAACCGUUUGCUUACUUCCCUAUACGCUUUGCAGUCCUCUUUAGAUAUACUUCGCAUCAACCGACCUGACUACACCCCUCGCACGGGAUUUAUCUGGCCAAUUACGGAGCAAGUCAUGUCUGAUGAUACUAGCAAGAAAUGGGGUGCAGAGGAUUCCACGACUGCUGUAGGCGAGACAGAGAUCUCUCCGUCACAGUCGGAAAGUCAGAAACCCAUAACGGCCAGCGGACCAAAAAAGCAACAGAACAACAUGUUGAUGUAUAACGCAAUGAGGUCUACUGCGUUACACUCAAAACUUUCCUUUUCUUCCUCUGCUUCUGUCAGAGAUGGGGAGAGUGUUCCCCCCGAGUCCCUAGGGAUACGCUCCUCAGCUACACCUGCACCUACAGUGACCAGAGCGGCGACCCCAGCCAGUGGUCCCACAACCCAAGACACACUUCCACCAAAGGGUGCGCCUGGUGCGGGUAAAAAGAAGAAAAAGCGUACUUUGUUGGUUCCCGGAGCAAGUUAAUGGCCUCCAAGGCUCCAACCUCUAUGUAUCACAUCCCCAUGCAGGUGACUGGCGUUUGUCGUGAGUGAUGGCGUAGAAUAUCAUCCUUCCCACAAGUCUGCGGACUUCAUUACCACCAAGUGUUAUCUUGUAUCAUCAUAUCAUGGAUAUCUUACUGCCGAUGCAAGAAUAGGACAGAUUAGGACCUGGAGCUACAAUCGGCGUUGUAGUUGAAUUAGGUGUUCUGGAAACCUACAAUCUUUAUUUAACACUGUAAAGUUUAAACCUAACAUUGCCCCGCUACACGUGAAAUUUGUUCCUAGCAGCUCAUCAAUUCAUCGAGUGGCGACACCUGCCAGCCUAUCAGUCAACCACCCCAGUGGAGUCUGCAGAGAUCCGCUUCGCGGACCCCCGGCUCCGCUGCCU